AAAAAAUAGAAGGGGGAGGGAAAAAAACUCCAGGGCUUGUUAUGGAGUGCGUGUGAAAGAAACACGGAUUUCCACCCUUCUCUACCAGUUAAACCAGUAUCUCUGGAUAGAGCACACUCAAGUACUUCAACAGUUUUUACCCUUGUGGUCCCUGAUGGCUUCGCACAGUGAUACUCUGGUGGUGUUCUUUGGGGCAACAGCUGGUGCAAAUGGGGGUAAACUGGGUUCGGAUGAGAGGGAAAUAAUUCUCUUGGUGUGGCAAAUUGUGGAUCUACAUGAGAAAAAGGUGGGGAAGCUUCAUAGAUGUCUUGUCAAGCCUGAUACUUUGGAGCUGACAGACCAGUGUAAAGAAGAGACUGGGCUGACUCUGGACGACCUUAUCAAAGCUGAACCCUUGGACAAAGCUCUGCAACAGUUCCAGCAAUCGGUGUCAUCAGAAGUAAAAUGUCUCGGCAGGAGUUCUUACACGCUGUGUGUCAACAGUCCCCUUAUCAUUCGACAGACCCUCCACCCCGAGGCUUCCAAAAAGAAUCUCGUCCUUCCUGCAUGUUUCUUUUCAUUUGUGGACGUGACAAAAGAGUUUCACAAGUGCUGCCCCAAUGCCGGCCCUGUGCAGAAGCUCACACUCCCCUCCAUGCUGGAAUAUGUCAGUCUUCCUGCUGAGUCAGAGCAGUUGAUGGGGGUGAAAGAGGUGAGGAGCAUGGUGCAGCUGACACUCUGCAUCCUGGCUGAGCCGCACAAUCACACAUUUUCCUGUGUUGAAACAGUGAAAUACAAGUUUGAUUCUGGCACAUGCAGUAAGACCGAGCCGGUCGACAGUGAGACAGUCAUCAGAGCACGGGGGCUUCCAUGGCAGUCCUCAGACCAGGACAUUGCUCGCUUCUUUAAAGGCCUCAAUAUUGCCAGAGGUGGUGUUGCCCUGUGUCUCAACGCUCAGGGCAGGAGGAACGGCGAAGCCUUAGUUCGCUUCAUCAACUCAGAACACAGGGACCUGGCGCUGGAGCGCCACAAGCACCACAUGGGCAGCCGCUACAUUGAGGUCUACAAGGCCACAGGAGAGGAAUUCCUCAAGAUUGCUGGAGGUACAUCCAAUGAGGUGGCCCAGUUCCUGUCCAAAGAGAACCAGGUGAUUGUCCGUAUGCGAGGAUUGCCAUUCACCGCCACACACCAAGAAGUGCUGGCCUUCCUCGGUCCCGAGAGUCCAGUCACAGAUGGUGCCGAGGGUCUGCUAUUCGUCAAGUACCCUGACGGACGACCCACUGGUGAUGCCUUUGUGCUCUUUUCUUGUGAAGAGUACGCCCAGAACGCCCUGAAGAGGCACAAGCAGAUCCUGGGGAAGCGGUAUAUCGAGCUAUUUCGGAGUACUGCGGCUGAGGUGCAACAGGUCCUGAACCGCUAUAUGUCCACACCACUGAUCUCCACACUGCCCCCUUCACCCAUCGUGCCUGUCCCUGUCCUCGCCUCUCCUUCCUUCCUUUCAUCAGCCAGCAGCACUCGUGACUGUGUCCGCCUCCGUGGUCUACCUUACACUGCCGGAAUUGAAGAUAUCCUGGAGUUCAUGGGAGAGCACACUGUUGACAUCAAACCCCACGGAGUCCACAUGGUCCUCAACCAACAGGGUAGACCCUCCGGUGAUGCCUUCAUCCAGAUGAAAUCACCCGACAGGGCAUUUAUGGUGUCCCAGAAGUGCCAUAAAAAGACAAUGAAGGACCGUUACGUGGAGGUGUUCCAGUGCUCCACAGAGGAGAUGAGCAUCGUUCUGAUGGGAGGAACCCUGAACCGCAGCGGACUCUCCCCUCCACCCUGCAAACUUCCCUGUCUGUCUCCCCCAACAGCCUACGCUGCCUUCCCCACCCCACCUGCCCUUCUCUCAGAGGCUGCCCUCUACCAGCCCCCCCUGCUGGCUGCUCCCAGACCUCAUCAAACCACCACACACAGCCCCGCUCAUGCUCUGGCUUAUUACCCCCCUCAGCCACAUCUGUAUAUGAACAUGAACAUGAACUACACCGCUUAUUACCCCAGCCCCCCAGUUUCUCCCUCCACAGUUAGCUACUUUGCAGCUCCACCUGGAGCAGUAGCAGCAGCAGUGGCAGCUCAACCCCACCCUGCUGCAGCCGCCUCUCCUGUGCUGCCCCAGCCUGGUGCCCUGGUCAGGAUGCAGGGCCUGCCCUAUAAUACUGGAGUCAAGGACAUCCUCAGCUUCUUCCAGGGAUACCAGUAUGCCCCUGAUGAGUACAGCGGUGUGGUUCAGAUGAACGAACAGGCCAGGAGUCUGAUUCAGCCCAAAGAAUGGCUUUGUCUUUAGGGACUCACCCCAAGCUCCAGCCAGAUGCCGUUCUCAUUUUGUACAACUUCAGUGGCCAAUGCAGCGGUGAGGCCUUGAUCACUUUCCCCAGUGAGGAGAUGGCUAGGCGGGCCGUAGCUGAACGCUCCAACCAUCCCUUCUACGGCCAGCAGGUCCACUUGGUCUUCUGUAACUGACCACUAGUCCUUCAUCUCUCUCCGUCACCCUCAAUUUAACCUCCCACAGAAGAGCUCUCCAGCUCCACCUCUACAGCAACAUUUUUUGCUUUCCCAUCAGAACAGGUUCCAGUACAUCUCAGCACUACAGAAAGCGGCUAUUGAAACUCUCCCUCCUCCAUGAUCUGCCAUAAUGCUGGCCCUGACACUCCUGAAGCCGCUGUUGGAGUUCGGUAUUGUUGCCAUGUCAGCUUCACGAUCCAGCUCCUCAGGUGAAGCAGCUGAGGUCAUUCAUGCGGGGCUCAUGUUUUUGUGGAUGUUUUUCGUAGCAUCACUGUGUAUCUGCUCUUACUGUAAUAGCUGGUUGUUGAGACGAGAUGGUGCGGAGCCUGGAAUAGCCCAUGUCAGUGGCUCUGCACAGCCACAUCUACAUGUAUAUUUAUACACUCUAUAUUCAGUAUGUGUCCCUCAUAAAACUGUACAGAUGUUCAUCCUGAAAUGCUUGACGCUGCUUCCACCUUACAAGCAUUCUUCUGCACAUGAUCUUUUCUGAUAUUUCUGAAGUUUGACUUUUUACCACUACAAGAUGUUUUUUUUUCUCCUUUGUGAUCCUUUGUGUUAGCGCUAUGCAAACACAGCUGUGUGUAUGUUUAUGCACAAUGUUUAUUGAUUUAAUGGCGUCCAGCAGUGUAGUGGUGCCAUUUAAAAGAGAAAAAAAAGCCAUAAAGACUUCGAGUACUGAAAACAAAGAGGCAAUUUGAGACUGUUCUUCUGAAUUUGAACUAGCAUUGAGCUGCAGGGACUGUUGGUUAAAGAGCAAUAUCACAGAUGUGCCACCUAAUUUUGUAUUUUUGUUCUUCUGUAAAAAGCAUUUAUGUUUGACGAAUGUCAUCUGUCUUCAAGCACUACAGAUUUAUUUUUGCUCUAAUCAAAGCAUUAAGGAACAGAGCAUCUUUAACAGAGUAGCCUAAUGAAUUGAUUCUAUUUUUACCUAUCCUAUUUCCUUAAGAAUUGGAGAUUUUGUUAAUAAAUGUAUAAGACCUGAGGCAUGUCCUGAUGCCUUUUGUAAUUAUCGACCUCAACUACUGUAUCUUCUGUUCUUAUUUCCAGACUCUUUAUAGUGGUCAGUCUGUAGCGUGCUUUGAUUUCUGCUUUUGAACAGAGUACUAUGUAAAGCUUUUCCUGUGACAGGCCUGCUGACAGCUGGCUGAAUUUGUUUCGUAAUAACUGUGCCUACACUACCCAGAGUGCAAUACUGGCCCAGAUAUUGUUUUUGUUUGAAACUGGUAUGAAUUUAGAAAAAUGUGUAUGACUGUAAACAAUAAAAAUAUUGACAAUGAGUCGUGUUUCAUUUGGUGUCAUUCAACGUGACUUAAUGUAAUGUGAAUUUAAACAUUCUGAUAGGUCUGUCAUCAAGUGCCCUGAUGAGGGGUCGACC